AUUGCUAGCACCAGCAGCUAAUCUCGGGCUUUUUUGCUUGUUGUCAUGCAAGAUAUAUUUCUCUUACAAGACAGGUUCAAAUAUAAGAUAUAUGGCACUAAUUGGACGAGGAAGCUGGUUCAGACGAGGUGGCGGCUUCAGACGAACUGGGGCUAACAGGAGACCACCACGUCCUCCAAGACUUUCAUCAUGGACCCCAAGCGAAAAAGACAAUGAGGAUAGUUCUGACGAUUCAACGUAGCCUCCAAGUAUAGUUUCUGAGACAGAAGUUGCGCAUCCAAUAUUGGAUGCCCACACAAGUAGAGGUGAAGUUGUUCCAGAGCCGAUACCAGCAAAUGUUGGACCAAAGAGACAUGGACGAGGUCCCGCCAAAUGCAUCGAGUUUGAUAAGCUUCGAAAGCACGGGAAAAUACCACUCAAAAUUAAUGAUGGGAAAACAGCCCCAUGCUGUGAGAAUGCGAACAUGUUUACCACAAGGGUCACAUGGAUAUUAAAGCAUCAUGCAGACAUGAGUCACGCACGAUGGACUGAUGUUCCGGCAGCAGAGAAGGAUGGAUUGAUGGAACGUGUUCGGGCUAACUUCAUAUUGGAUUGGGAUUUGGCCAAUCAUAGACAGACGGUGUGGAAACAGUUGCGUAAGCGAUUCAACGCUUUCCACCAUCAGCUGCAUAAGAAAUAUUUGUCAUAUGGUAGCCAUGAGGAAGCAUUGGCUGGUGGGACUGAAUUGGUAUCUAAUUUAGUUUGGGUGAAGUUAUGUGGUAGAUGGGAAAGUGAGGCAUUCAAGAAAAUGUCAAAGCAAAACAAAGAGAACCGCAACAAGCUGAAAACCAAUCACACCGCCGGGAGGAAGUCAUUUGUGAGAGUUAUGGAGGAGAAGCAUUCGACUACAGCAAACUUGGUCGAGUUUUACAAGGAAGUCCGUUGGUCUAGGAGUAAAGACAAAUUCGUGACAUCCACGACAGAAGAGCUUUAUAAGCAAAUGGUUGACAAGAUGGAAGGUAUGGAACCUGAGCAACGUACUGAAGAGGCAGCAGCUUCUGUAUUUAGGGAGUUACUAGGCCAUAGACCAGGGUAUGCUAGAGGUCUAGGCGAGAUGGUAAUACCCACAUCUACACGACAACAAGAUCGUGAACAGGAGAAACGUCAUGAUGAAGAAGUGGAAAGAUAUAAAAAGGAUGUUGAGUAUUACAAGACUCAGUUUGAGGAGUUAAGGGGAGAUGUUAGAGUACUUAUAGAGAGGCAACGUGAGUAUGAGAAGACAUUGUACAGCCUCAUGUCAGGAAUGUCACAAGGAGAGUCUCAGAGAGAGACUCAAGGAGCUGCUUAGGACAGCAAUGAAGA